AUGAAACCUGAAGUAGUUUUUCAAAUACAUCUUAUGCAUGACGUGCUACGUCCUUCAUUACAAUUUUUGCGUCAAAUAGAAAAAAGGGGUUCCUGUCUUGAUGAAUUUGUAACUCACGUUGAUGCUGCACGUAAUACGAUUAAACAAUCGAUUGAAAUGUUUGAUUUUAAUCAAGUGCGAAAAAUAUUGAAUGACGUUCAAAAGUAUUUACCAACAGUGGAACCAACCCUUAGAUCAACACGCUCUCAAAUUCAAGCAAUAGCGACAGAUUUCGAUGAAGAACAAUUUCGUGAUACAGGUAAGACCUUUAUUAAUCCCUUUCUUCAAUCGCUCGACGAUAGAUUUAAUGCUGAAGCGCAAGAAUUAAUUAAAAAUAUUGCUAUGUUAUCAUCACCUUUGAAGUUUUCAGCUGAAGAAUUACUUCAAAAUUCGUUAAUAAUUCAAUAUUGUUCUCCAAUGACAUAUAAACAUACGGCUGUUGAUCGGCAAGUAUAUGAAAGAACUGAUUCAUCUUUACUAAAUUAUCAAAAAUUGAAAAAUGAUGUAUUUGCAUUUCUUACUAUUGUUGGCAAUAUAACAUCCAUUACAUCCAUUACACAACGUCUUGCACAACAUGGAAGUGAACAAUGUCCAGAAUAG